AUGGCGGCCAGUAAACCAAAAUAUCAACUUGGCUCUCCUCAAGAGCAUAUUGAAAUGUGUAAAACCCAUCAUUUACCUAUUGAUAUGAUGUGUGAGGACUGUGAUGAAUUUAUUUGUGGCAAGUGUGCCAAAACAGAUCAUAAAGAUCAUGAAUGGUACACUAUACCCGCGGCGGCCACGCAAAGAAGGAGGGGCCUGCUUAAAUUUCUGAAGAAGGUCAAAGACGAUGAUCUGCCUGUGGCUGAUAAGAAGAUAGAGAAGAUUCCACAACAGAUCAAAGAAAAUAAAGAACUGUGUGACUCUGAGAUACAAAAACUCCAGAAACAUUUUGAUGAGGUAAUGGCCAGGCUAACAAUCAUCAAGAAAGAUCAGGAACAACAAUUUAGAGACAAUUUAAAGAAAUUCAAUGAAGAUUUGGAUGUUGCUAAAUCUGAAUUAAACAAAACGAAGAAAGAAAUCGAAGAAAUGGUUAAGUUCCUGGAGGAAAAUAAAAAUACCAUGUCAGAUUACGGCUUCAUUGACAACCACAGAAACCUGACAAGAUUGCUUUCUGGCCUUGAUGUUGAUAUGAAGUGUAGUACACCUUCAUUGAGAUACAUUAAAGGAGAAGUCAGUUAUGCAGCACUGGAUAAUUUAAUUGGAAAGUCUAUUAAUUUAGAUGAUAUCUGUUUGACUGUAACAAGCUCAUUUGAAUAUGGGGAGAAAACAGUAUCUCUGUUGAGGGCAUCGUGUGAAGAUAAAUGUUACAUUAAACAAAAGUUUUCAGAAAAGAUAGAACAAGUAAACAAAUAA